AUGAGCACUAUUAUCGACGAGCAACACAAAGACGUGGAUCCAGACCAGAUGGACCAAGACCAGGACAUUGAAGAAUACGACUUGGACAAAAUAAAGUUACUUCCCGGCUCUUCUGAAGAUGGAACUGCUGCUUCUUUCCAGAUUGUGGAUGAAGACCAUACUUUGGGAAACUCCUUAAGAUACGUCAUAAUGAAGAACCCUGAGGUCGAGUUCGUAGGAUACUCGAUUCCACAUCCUAGUGAAAAUAAAUUGAACAUCCGAAUCCAGACUUAUGGUAGCAUUACUGCUGUUGAGGCUUUACAUUUGGGAUUAGAAAACUUAUCCCAGUUGUGUGGGGUGAUUGAGACCAAGUUCAUGGAAGCGUUGAAUUAG